UUUAGUCAUUGGAAACAACCCACAGUAACCUUCAUCCACUCCAUGAUCCACUCACUGUGUUUCCACGGCAUGAUAGCGACGCCGUCACAUUCCUCAGCUCAGGAACGAGACCCCUACACUUUCUGGAUACUUUCUUUGUUUGGAUUUUAAUGCCUGAGUUAAUAAUUCAUCCAGCACUACUCUCGGGUAGUUUGCAUAGCUUUUGCUUUGGCGACGAGCGGCUGCGGUGCGGAGCUGAACAGAUCCGCGAGCUGUGUUUAGGUUCUCUCUCCCAGCCCCUCUCUGGAUGCAUCGGACUCCUCUCCCCCGGGGCCCUGGACCCGGUGUGUGACCCCGCCACCCUCACCCCUGUCCCCAUCUCUUCCCUCUCCAACCACCCCAACCUCGCCCUCACCUCUCCACCUCGACACUCCCGUUCUUGGCCCCCUGCCUCGCGACCAGCGGGCAGAGGCAGGGGGCCAUGGCGCCAUGGUAGCCUCCGGCGGACGCAACUUCUUCGCCAUGAGCAGUGUGAACCCUCCAGAGGGCAGGGUUCAGGGGUCAAACUUUACCCCACAUCACUACAAGCCCUUCAGCUCACAUGCACACUAUCAGCAGGUGAUGCGUGCCUUGCAUAAGCUCCAGGAGAGUGGGUUUUACUGGGGGGCUGUAGGGGGCCGGGAGGCCAGCUCGAUGCUGCGCUCCGAACCACCGGGCACCUUCCUGAUCCGUGACUCCUCGGACCACCACCACUUCUUCACCCUCUCUGUCCAGACGGCUCGAGGUACCAAGAACCUGCGCAUCCACAGCGAGGGGGGCGGCUUCUUCUUACAGCCAGACCCCCAAAACACACAAGAGCUCCCACAGUUUGACUGUGUGCUGAAGCUUAUAGCGCACUACAUGGGGAAAGGGCCCGAUGCUGGAAGGGGCAGAGGUGGGGCGUGUGCUGGGGGCAAUACAGGAGAGACAGAAAUGAAGGGGCGCAGCGUGUACCUGAUCCACACCGGCGGAGAGAGGAUUCCCUUGGAAUUGCGCCGACCCCUUUCAACAUCUCUCUCGUCCCUGCAACACAUGUGCAGGAGGACCCUGAACAACCAAGGCCUGGGUGGGUCUGAGCAAUCAGAGCAGAUCCCACACACUCUUAAAGACUUCCUGGAGGAGUAUGAUGCUCCGAUAUGACUGACAGGAACUGCGGAGGUUCAUGAACCAGGUGCCUGAAGGACGCCGCAGACCAGUUCUCAACGCAUACGUGAAAAAUGCGUGCCAUGAGACACUGACUAGCGUUAGUGUUAGAGACUAGCGUGCAGUCAGUGUGAGGUCAGGUUUCCAGUGUGACCGGCUGAUUCCAGAUCUGGUUUAACACUGACGGACACCAGCUACCCAGAGUCCCCCCGCCAACACGGGGUCUGGAGUUGGAUUACCUCGUCCGACCUGCCUCCCGAAGCUGACCACUAGAGUGAGUGGCAGACAAAAGUGAGAGGUCAAAGGUCAAUGUUUCCAAUGACUGACGCAGAGCAGAGCCUCGUAGAAGAUUAACCUGAUUGGUAGAUAUUAACAAUGACACAGACGACGUGAUCAAUAACCCGUAGGAGUUCCUCCAACAUGCUUCAGAAGAAACCUCUCCUCGGUCCGACUGAGGGUAACAACACUUUGGAUCACUGGACAGAAAGAAAAAGCGCUAAGAAAGAAACACGGGGGGGGGGAGGGGGGAGUGAGUGAUGGAGGACUUACAGAGGAGAGACAAAGUCCAAAAAAAAGAGACCAAGAGCAGAGAACGUGGAGUAUUUGUUUGUCUGUGUGUGAUUUUGUGUGUGUGUGUGUGUGUGUGUGUGUGCUUUUGUGUGUUGUGGUAGCGCACACAUUUCCAUUGCUGCUUCCCGCAAAUGUUGCCUCAUAGAGGGGGAGCGGGGUGGUCAUGCACGCUAGCUCAGCACGCACACACAUACACACACACACACACACACACACACACACACACAAACAGGUACAGGCCCAUAUGAAGGUUUUGUUAGCGUGGGAACAACAGUGCGGAAAAAGCAUUACAAAGCAUCUUCUCAUUUUGUUUGUUUCUCGGUUCUCCUCCAUUACCAACUCCCUGCCCCCUCUUU